AUGGAUGCGCCAAGCGGAGGAGGCGGCGGCGCGGAUAGCCCCGCUCGCGACCUCGAUCACCAGAACGCGGGCGUAUCGACAAAGGCUACCGACACGCCGGCGAGGACGACGGGAGAGUACGCGGCGCCGGCAGGAGUCGAAGUCACCUUGUCGCAUGCCAGCGGACAUGAGGAUGGAGCAGCGCCCGCCGCUGCUGACUAUGAUGGUGCUGGGAGCGAGGACCACCUGUCGGCGCCGUCAGCCUCGGCGCCGCACCUGCACUCCGAGGACGAUUCCAGCUCGUUCGGCACGCCGAGUACAUACUCGGUCAUUUUAAGUGUCGAUACGGAUAACGAUGCGGAUUCGGCGUUGGGCAGCAUGAUGCCCAACUCGAGCAUGUCUGCAACUUCCAGCGUCUACGAAUUCGUGGAGGAGUUUGGCAGGACGUUCCAUAAGUAUAAAGAGGGUAAAUACUUCUUACCGAAUGACGAGCAAGAAAUAGACCUUCAACAUCGGAUUGCACUACAAGUACUAGAUUGGAAGCUUUAUCUAGCUCCUAUAGACCGACCACAUCGAGUGCUUGACGUCGGGACAGGAUCGGGCAUCUGGGCUAUCGAGUUCUCUGAUCAGAGCCCAGAGUCGGACGUUCUUGGCACAGACUUGAGCCCAAUCCAGCCUGAAUACGUGCCGGCAAACUGUCGCUUCGAGAUUGACGACGUCGAGGACGAAUGGAUAUACAGCCACAAGUUCGACUAUGUACAUGGACGGUACAUGUGUGCCUUUCUGACGGAUUUCCCCAAGCUCUUCGGCCAGGCCUACGACAAUCUCAACCCAGGCGGCUGGGUCGAGUUUAUGGAGACCGUCAUCUAUUUCCAGAGCCAGGACGGAUCACUAGAGGGAACGGCGCUGGAGCGCUGGAAUAAGCUACUCCUCGAGGGAAUCAGAAACAUGGGUCGCAACGCGCUGUCCUGCAUGAAGUACAAGAAAUGGAUGACUGAUGCGGGCUUCAUUAACGUGGAGGAGAAAAAGUUCAUCGUCCCAGCAAACCCCUGGGCCAAGGGUCGCAAGAACAAGGAGCUUGGCGCCUUACAGAUGGUCAACAACCUCAAUGGCGUCUAUGGUCUCACGGUCACCGUCUUCACCAAAGGUCUGGGCUGGACCACGGAGGAGGUUGAGGUCCUCCUGGCCGAUGUGCGAAGGGAUAUGAGCGACAAGGACAUCCAUUCGUAUAUCACUAUGUAA